CAAUCGACCCCAGACUCAUUUCCCACAAGCAUUCAUUGCAAUUUGACCCUGCUGUCAGCUGGGCAGUUAUUAUUACCACAAUGAUUGCUCAAAGAGGAAAUACAGACGCGCAGGUACAGUCCGGGCAUGUUAAUCCGCGAGAUCAGAUGCGGGUUCCCGAGGAUGAUUGGAGAGGGAUUAUAGAUCAGAAAAAGAGAAGAAAGUUACAGAAUCGGUUGAACCAGAGGGCGUACCGCUUAAGGAGAAAAGGAAUCAGCCCUCCGGGAGAAAACAACUCCACCAACCUCUCCCAAGUAAUCACAUUCAACGGAAAUGAAGAAGAAGAACAAGAAGAACAAGAAGCAGACAUCAUGAAAUGCUCCCACGCCCCACCAAACGCCCUAACCUUCCAACGCUGGUUCGAAGCCACUGUGCACCACAGCUACCUCCACGGCAAUCCACAAGUGGAACAUCUGAUCAGCCUUAGCCGACUGAACGUUCACCGCGCUAUUAACGAGAAUAUAAAAUUACUCGGGAUGGACUCUGAUUGGAUGAAGAGUGAUGAUUCUGUUUCCAUUUUUAAUCUCGUUCAGCCUAUGGCUAGGGACAGGGCUGGGGAAGUGUGUAUUCCGUCGAGCUUACGGCCAACGACUAUACAACGAACUGUCCCGCAUCAUCCGUGGCUGGAUUUCUUUCCGUUUCCGCGGAUGCGUGAUAUUUUGAUUCUUGCCUGCGCUGCUAAUAGUGGUUUUGAUGAUGAUGAACUGUGUCAUGAUCUUAUGGCGUUUUGGGAUACGAGGAAUACAAAUGCGACAUUACUGGUGUGGGGGCCACCGUGGGAUCCAGGGAACUGGGAGGUGACGGAAACGUUUUUGAGAAAGUGGGGAUGGUUGCUCAAGGGAUCUCGAGAGUUAUUUGUUUCGACAGGGACCUGGAGGAGGAAAAGAGGGGAGAAGACUUUGAAUUGGGGGAGUUAUGCAUAGAGUGCAGAUAAUGUAAAUUAAAACGCAUGAUUAAUCACGACUUUUGAGCUUACCUUACUAACGGAAAUACAUCAGCUUUCAAACUGAAUCAUAACUUUCGUC